CUUGAUGUAUGUCCAGCCCGGUAAUGUCAGUUGGGGCGUUAAAAAAAUGUAAAAUCUAUAACAUGUUUGUGUCAUUAAAAAAAAAAAUGUAAUAUAAUAGUACACUAAUAUUAUAAGCCAUGUGCUUACUUUUGACGGAGCCGUUGGUCUUCUGUUGUUUAUGUGUGAAGCUUUGGUGAAUCUAUUAAGUUUACUUGUGGAGUAUAUUUUGUGAGCGUGAGUGCCGUCCAACAAUUUACUACUUUUACUAGUUUCAUUGUAGAUAGAAUAAUGUUUCGAAUAUCUAUAGGUAUACAGUGUAUCAUAUUAUUAUGUACAUGUGCGAAUGGUCUUAAAAUAGAUAUUUUUGUUAAAUUAACAAAGGUACCUCCGUGGUAUCAUUCGUACGUCCCGACGAAUGAUGUUACUUACUUAACUUCAAUUUUCCUCUCAUGGUCCAACAUUAACUUGUGCAGUUUGUCUAUACAUUCGUCUGCCGACUCUAGCGUUUCCAUCUCGACCAACGCCAUUUUGCUUUUUAACACCUUCACUUUAACCACGUUUCCGAACAAACAAAACAAAUUGAAAAUCAUGUCACAGUUUAUUGACAAAUGCUCAAGUCCGUAAACAGCGAGAAUUUUGUUUGGCUUCUUAGGGGAAGACCAACGACCGUCGCAGGCCGUCGGACCAUCGCCGGGGUGGCCCAGUAUCUUAGUUAUUUCACUGUUUGUCGCAGUAAAUCGGCAGUCCCAUACAUUAUGUUGUUCAUUGCUGAUAUGGACAACAGGCAACAAUAAUAAUAUUAUCAUUAAAGUCUAUAAUUAUUGAGAAAAAAAAAAUAGUUAAUUUUUUUAUACUUUGAGUUCAUCAGUUCGCGAUGCCUUGAACAUCUAUAAUUAUUCAAAAAAUUGUUUGACGAUGACACUAGCGGCUGUCUUUGUUCAGUUUGAUUUGUGUCCAUAAUAUCAAUGUUUUUCCCUGAAGACAGAAUGUCGAAAAUUGAUUACAAAAAUAACAAAUCCUUUUUAGUAAUUACCUUUAGAUUUAAUAUAUUUAUUAUUCGUUGUAUACCUGCCAAUUGUGUUGGGUUGUAUAGAAGUAUGACUGGUCUUUGUUAGUUAAAACACGUUGAUAUACAGUGUACGAAAUGAUAAACUAUAGUAAAAUUAAUGUAUUGAUUUGCUUACUUAACAACGCGUUCUUAACAAAAUAAUAUAUUGCUAUUGUUUCUUACAAACCACUUAAUUGUUUUCCGUGUAAGACAAAUAUAAUAGUAUUAUUAUGAUUUUUAUAUUUAAUAUAUUAACAUUGGAAAGUUCUUUUGGAACUUAGGGCAUUGCAAAUACAAUUUUCAGUCGGUCAGCUAUUUUAUAAAAAGAAAACUACAUAGUUUGUAAACAAAUAUUGCACAGGAAUGUUAAUACUUGCAUGUGUGUAUUAGUCUUAAUGAUAUACUACUAUAUGACAGCACACUACUAACUUGUAUUACAAGAGUUUUUAUUAAACCUUGUGAGGUUAAUGCUACUUACGCCGCUAUGGUUUUAAUACUCUUGAUUAUUACUUACAGCUUAAAAAAAUACAUUGACAAUAUUAAGUAUUAACACAUAAAUACAAAUGACAUUUUGUUUGUUAUUGUAAUUUAAUUAUGUAUGGAUAUAAUGAUCAGACCCAAAAAUGUUAGUGAACGCAUUUGUUCUUUUACUUGUUUGGGUAUUUUGCUAACUUAUGUUUUGCCUCGACCUAAUUGAUUCCAAAUGGUUUGCGCCUCUGGAUAUUAUAAACCCUUAACGGAUCUCGAAGGACAACGCUGUCAUCAUAGAUUGUGAUGGUGUCUUCAGAUUAAAUAUAUCCAAGUAUUCGCGGCGGAAAAGUAAAAUAUUAUUUAGGAUAUUAUAAACAAAGAUGUAUCAUGUUUCCUGUAAUUUCAUCCUUUGUUUCUCCACUUUAAUAGUUACUGUAGUGCAUAAUAUAAUACCUUUACCAUAAGUAAUUUAUAAAACGUUGUGUAUACAAGUAUAUAUUAUUUGAUAAAACGUUACACCGCGUUGCUUUUGCGUGUUGCAUUGAUUAGAUUGCUAUAUAGCUGUUGGAUACAAAUCGCACUAACUGCAUAGUACAUAGGUAGUAUAUUUUGCAGUCUCUACUGGCAAUCGCAUAGCGCUUGUUAGAAUUAUUAUCCGUUGCAUUCGAUAUGGUAAUAUAUUAUAAUAAUUAUUAUUAUUAUUGCUGCUGCUGCGGUCUAGUGUGAUUCGCUGCCACCCGGAAUGCCGGCUAAUCGUUGCAAUAAAAUUACAAAUGAGGAUAAAAUGUAGAGAAAAAAGUAACAAAAUCAUGAUUAAUUACACGGUUAGAACGGGAAUGUUUCAUAUUAUGAAAUCCGUGUGCGAUUUGAGCUGCGUUCUGCAGUUAUCGCCGGUACACAAUUGUUACCAGCCGAUGUAAGCCGGUUAGUACCCGUAGUGGCGUUUGCCGGGCAAAGCUACCCCAAUACGGUCGACGUCAUGAAGAGCCUUCUGGACAUGUUCACCGGCAAUGCUCCGACCGUGCAGUACAAACGCGACAGGGACGAACAGCUGAUCACUUGUCGGAUUUGCUAUGACGAAGAUAAAUGUGAAAACACAGUGUCACCAUGCAAUUGCGCCGGAUCGCACGCCAAAGUCCACGCGUCAUGUUUGGAGCACUGGCUGUCGGUAUCGAAUUCGAAGAACUGCGACGUGUGCGGUUAUCCAUUUCAAACGGUCGAACGAACAUUGACUAUUAGCGAGUGGUUGCAAAAAAAAAGGGAUUGGCAACUGUUCUUUAAGAAAGCCACCAUCGUUUUUGUGUUUUUCUUUGUAUGGUGUGCGUUACUGGUCACUUGCGCAAUUAAGACUUACGACUACUUCACAGAUGUCGGCAACUCGUACUGGAGCGGGACCAUCAUGUUCGUCAUCACGUUUUCCAUGACUACAAUAAUGUGGUUUUGGCUAAUCCUGUGUAUAGUACUUUGGAAACGUAUGAACAUGGUGAUUGCUCUGGACCAAAAACAUUUGAACCGGAACAUGAAAUUACAUUUCGAAGCGGCUACCGUUGUGUGAACUCUAAACAUAGUCCGUUAUAGUAUAAAAUACAUUGUAAUUAAUAUCGAAACAAAUGUAAUAACUAUUAAAAAGUAAUUAAAGAUUAAAAAUUUAAUUUUUUUGUAACAACGAUCAAACCAUAAAAAAAUUAUAAAACCUUUUGUAAUGUGUAAUGAUA